AUGGAAAAUGACACUCACCCGACAUUGUUAAAAUUUGGGCAUUACAGUAAUAGUACUGAGUAUAUUAGCAAACUGACAGGACAAGAAUUCACACAUUUAUAUCUAACUGAUAGUGAUAAACACAUAGCAGUAGGUAUACCUGGUGAUAAAUUACACAUUAGAACUGUAAAUAGAGGACCUAUAUCUAAGAGGACUAACUAUGGGGAUCAGUCGUUUAGUAGUGGCGGUAUAGAUGCCUACCUAGAUGUACAUAUCGAGUCAAACGAUGCUCAUCUAGACCUAGAUAAUGACUGGGAUACUUUGAGAUCUCAGGUCGAAUGUGGUAUGAGUGGCAGGAUACAUAAAUCUAAUGUGGUCUCAUUCACAGUCUUAGAUGCUAAUCACGACCAGACUAUGGCAGCAGGAACUUUAGCAACUGUUAACGACGACGGUAGCCUGUCAAUAGGCAGUGAAAACUCUGAGCCGAACAGUGAUGACGUAGGUUUAGGAAAUCAAGAGUGUGCACCUAGCAAUCAUGACGAGCUUAAAAGGGGAUUGUUUAGUAUAAAAUGA